AUGCAUGCGAACAGUCGUUUCCCCUGCUGUCCCGAAGCUGUGAUUGAGUGUAUGAUGAUCGGUGCCGGCAUGGAGCGCAGGGACAAGCUCCUUGAUUCCUUCCAGGAUGUAGGUCCCAAUCAUGGGAAAGUCCACGUCUUCGUCACUGAGGGGCCUUUACACAACCCAUCCGGCUGUGUAAGGGAGGUGUGUCGAAGGUGUCUGGCAGCAUAUGGAUGUAAUAUGAAAGGCUUCUUUGCCAUCCAUGGAGAUCAGAUCACUCUUUGGUCCCGAGUUGUAAUGGCUGGGUGUAAAUGGGUGGUGGUGUGUAAGCCAAUGAGCAAAUUCCAUUUCGGUAGAGCGACAUGGGUUGCCUUCACUAGGAUGAUGGUUUCAUCUUGAUCCGUGCCAGCUCUUUUCAUCUGGUAGCAGUGCUCCAGCAGCAUUGACUGCUACACCUUUAAGCCAGCCACUAACAAUGAGUCCUUUCUGGUCUACACAUUUGUUGUCCUGUACCAACUGUCUGUGAUAUACUUCUGCUAGGGUCAUUUGCUCUGCACAAUCAAGCAGGCUGUGGUUGCCUGGCAGGAGUCAGAGAGUACUCGGAGUGGGGAGAGUGUCAGGGCACCAGCAUGGUGGUCAUCAUUCGUGGCCUUUUGGGUAUGUUGAUCACCUCACACUAGCGUUGCUUAGUACAUCUUCACCCAACAGGGCAGAAGUACCUUUGUCCCUAUCUGUAUGACUGUGCCAGCCUUCUUUGCCAAGAGCUCAUCCCGCUACAAGCCUUUCAUCUAUGUCUGCAUGAACAAGCAAUUUCACCAAUGCAUGAUCAUCACUCUGUACUGUGGAAAGAAUCCAUUUGAGGAGAAAGGAGAAGAAGGAGGGCCGCAUCAGCCGUCAUACAAUACUGAACUUUCUCCGUCUGCCAGAGGAGUGUCUUCUGUAUGA